UUGUCAAAUACAAUUUUUGGUUAUGAUACCGAAACCUCUUCUAUUUUUAUUUAUGUAACUUAAGUGAUAAUUAUGUCUGUUUUAUCGUUCGCCUCAAUAGCUUUAAAAAGAGUUCAAGCUCUUAAAUGUUUACUUUAUAAUAAUCCAAUAAAACCUAGUAUAAAACCAUUUAGUUCUGUUGUUACCAAAACUGUUCAUGAUGUAAAUACAAAUGUUGCUAAAGAUGUUGUAUUGUUUAAAUAUGAGAAUCCAAAAUUUUACAUGUAUAUGAAUGUAUUUGCAAUCGUUCAAUACAUGUUUUGGACAUACUUGGGGAUAUUCGCCUUGAAAACUCUGAGAGACGCACCGGUCGACAAAUCAAAAAUAACUGAAGACACUCCAUGGUUCAGAAGAAUUAAUUUAGGAGAAAAUAAAUACAGAAAUACUUUAGGAACAGUAGCAAUAUUAAUAGGCACUGGAUCAUUAGCCAUGAUAUGGUUGUACACCCUUAAGUCAGUACGUUAUUUAAUUCUUAACAAAGGAGGGAGACAUUUGACAUUUAUCACUUACGGCCCUUUCGGUAAGAACAGGAUUAUGAAGGUGCCAGUGGAAUGUGUGUGCUCCAAAGAAAGUAGGAAAAUUGCUAGAGUACAGCUGCCUAUAAAAGUAAAAAAUACUAUGAUGCAUUACAUGUUGGAUAUGAGAGGUGAAUUCAAAAAUCCAAUGCUGUUUGAUUCAACCGCUGGCUUGAAAAGGACAUGGUAGAAAUGUAUAGAGUGAUGUUAUUAUGUACAAAAUCAAUUAAACUUAUUUGUCUUUAUAAUUAAUUUAAAAUCUUGAAACUGAGCUGGUGUCUGUGAGGUGUCAUUAUUGAAUAUAAUAUGUUAUAAGUGUAUAUA